GGUGUAGUAGCGGGGGCGGCGGCCGGGGGCAGCGCGGCUCCUUCCCUUGUUGUGUGUGUCGGUGCCUCCUCGCCAUCUUGUUGCAAAGCCCUUUCUUGUCGGCGGGACUCCCGGGGGCCGCGGGGCGGGAGGCAUCAGAAGGGAGGAAAAGAGGGAGGGAAAGAAGGGAGGUAGUGCCGCCUCUUUUUUGGCAUCUAUUUUUUUUGCAUUUAUUUUUAUCUUUUUGCAAAUAAUUUGGGAGACAUUGAUUUUUUCUAUCCGUGCUCCCCCGUUCUUUCCUGAGGAGUGCGCUGCUCCGCCCAUCCCUGUCGCCCCCCGGAGGUGAUCCCUCCCUCCUGCCCGCCCGCCAGCCUGACCUGUGCCUGGCUCGCGGGCCGCAGCCUCGGCCCCGGCGCGCCCCCGGCUGCUCUCGGCGCGAUGAGCAUCGAGACGCUACUGGAGGCGGCCCGCUUCCUGGAAUGGCAAGCUCAGCAACAACAGAGAGCACGUGAGGAGCAGGAGCGGCUUCGCCUGGAACGGGAGCGGGAGCGGGAGCAGGAACAGAAGAAGGCCAGUAGCCUGGCCAGGCUAGCACAUGCCCUGCCUGUGGAAGAACCCCGCAUUGAGGCACCCCCGCUGCCCUUGUCCCCACCAGCUCCCCCACCAGCACCUCCACCUCCACUUGCCACUCCCACUCCACUGACUGUCAUUCCUAUUCCUGUAGUGACCAACUCUGCCCAGCCACUGCCCCCACUACCCCCUGCUGCCCAGCCUCUGCCCCUGGCACCUCGUCAACCAGCCCUGGUCAGCACUCCUGGACUCAGUAUUAAGGAGCCUGCCCCAUUGCCUACGAGGCCACAAGUACACACCCCUGCUCCUGGACUGCCAGACUCCAAGACCACUGUGGCCCCUACUGGCAGCCCCAAGCCUUUGCAGCCCCUCCCCACACCCAUCCUGACCAUAGCACCCCACCCUGGAGUACAGCCUCAGCUGGCCCCUCAGCAGCCACCCCCACCCACACUUGGGACUCUAAAGUUGGCACCAGCUGAAGAAGCCAAAUCCAGUGAACAGAAGAAGAGGCCUGGGGGGAUCGGGACCAGAGAAGUCCACAACAAAUUGGAGAAAAACAGGAGGGCCCAUCUGAAGGAGUGCUUCGAGACCCUGAAGCGCAACAUCCCCAAUGUGGACGACAAGAAGACCUCGAAUCUGAGUGUGCUGCGGACGGCGCUGCGGUACAUCCAGUCCCUAAAGAGGAAGGAGAAGGAGUACGAGCACGAGAUGGAGCGGCUGGCCAGGGAGAAGAUCGCCACACAGCAGCGGCUGGCAGAGCUCAAACACGAGCUGAGCCAGUGGAUGGACGUGCUGGAGAUCGACCGCGUACUCCGGCAGACGGGCCAGCCUGAGGACGACCAGGCCUCUACUUCCACUGCCUCUGAGGGUGAGGACAACAUAGACGAGGAUAUGGAGGAGGACCGGGCAGGCCUGGGCCCACCUAAGCUGAGCCAUCGUCCCCAGCCGGAGCUGCUGAAGUCUACCCUGCCACCUUCCAGCACUGCCCCUGCACCUUUGCCAUCACAUCCUCACCCCCAUCCUCACCCAGUGGCUCUGUCUCCUGCCCAUCUCCCCGUGCAGCCGCCGCCGCCGCCACCACCACCACAGCAGAAGACCCCGCUGCCAGCACCACCUCCCCCACCAGCCAACCCUGCCCAGACACUGGUGCCAGCUCCGGCUCAUCUGGUGGCCACAGCUGGGGGUGGUUCCACAGUCAUUGCCCACACAGCCACCACCCAUGCCUCAGUCAUCCAGACUGUGAACCAUGUUCUACAGGGGCCAGGUGGCAAGCACAUUGCCCACAUCGCCCCCUCGGCCCCCAGCCCCGCUGUGCAGCUAGCACCUGCCACACCCCCCAUUGGCCACAUCACAGUGCACCCUGCCACCCUCAACCACGUGGCCCACCUUGGCUCCCAGCUGCCCUUGUACCCACAGCCUGUGGCAGUGAGCCAGCCCGUGGCAGUGAGCCACAUUGCCCACACCCUCUCACACCAGCAAGUGAAUGGCACAGCCGGGUUGGGGCCCCCAGCCACCGUCAUGGCAAAGCCAGCCGUGGGGGCCCAGGUGGUACACCACCCCCAGCUGGUAGGCCAGACAGUGCUUAACCCAGUGACAAUGGUCACCAUGCCCUCCUUCCCAGUCAGCACACUGAAGCUGGCGUGAGGAUGUGGCAACUCAGAGGCCCCCAGUGGGGGCAGGGAGGGGGACCUGUCCCUCCCUCUCCUACCCACCAGCUCCACACAUUCCAGCCAGGCCCAGGCCCACCCAACCCACACCACCCCCAGGCCUCCUAGGGGAAGGGGGUGCAGAGACACUGAGCCAGGGGAGGGAGAGACCCCCAGGGAAUUGGGGGCAGGGCAGGGUAUUGCCCCGCUGCACUAGGGUUUGAUAGAAUAACUGCUGAGGAUGUUGGUGGAGGUGCCACCCACCUGGCUAGUGCCAGCUCCUGUCCCCUGCAGUCAGUGUGAUGCGGCCUCGUGCUCCCUGGCUUUCCCUCCCCCACCCACCUUCCUGUGCUGCUGCUAUUGCUCUAUCUGGUGAGGGGACAAAGCACCCCAUCCCUCCCUCCCUGGCCUCCGUGUCCUUCUCUGGGACUUUCAUAGAGAAAGUGGGGGGCAGAAAUGAAGCCACGCGGGCCUGAAAGCUGGGGACAAGCCUGAUGAGGGGCCCUUCUCUGAGUACAGGGGACAGAUCCGAUGAAAUGGCUGGACUGGAGUCACACCCAGACAGGUGGGGGCCUGGGCCUGGUGCUCACUAACCCACUCAGAGUCACUGAUUUGUUCCAGUAGAAACUAUUUAAAAUGGUUAUCAACAAUAAACCAAGCUGUUGCCAAGCUUCCCCAUCCCUCCCACUUGGCUCUUGACCUCCAGAGGGCAGGCUGAGUUGAAGCUGUGGGAGAUGAAAGAGGAGCCAUCCUGUACCGCUCCCCUCACCCUGAGCUUGGCAUUCAGCUUCCAGGAGGUCCUGUCUGGCUUUCGUGCCCUUGGUACUGUGUGGGGCCCACUCUCCCAGGAGCUGGGGGGCAGGCCUUUAUAGGUCUGGGUUCCAGGAGCUUAGAAGCCACAUUGUUGAGGCCUCAGGAAGUUGAUGUCCAGGGACAUGGCCAAAACCCUGAACCCCUUCCCAAACCGCCCUGGGAUCUAUGUAAUAGGGGGGGCAGAGCUGGUCUACCCCCUGUUCAAUGGAGGCUUUAGGGCCCCUCCAUAGUGGGCUCUGCAGUGCACUGCCACCUCCCGCUGUGGGAAGUCUUAACUGGGCCAGUGACAGUGCUACACUUGGGGUCCGGAGGGAGGGUGCUGUGCUCGAUGCUCUGCCUCGGCUGUGGUAGACUUUGGCUUCUCUUUGUGUGGAUAUUUAUUACAAGUGGCCUUGUGUCAAGACACUCAGUUACACGCACACAUGCACAUUCAGCUCCCCACUGGACACUCACCAAUGGCCUUUUGGUGUGGGGAAAGUGAAUAUCCCUAGGUGUUAAGUUUGCACUGGAGUCCAGUUGUGUGAGGGACCAGGAAAGGCCCACUGGAUCCUCUGGAAUGCCCAGGAGGGCACUUAAAUGAAUUUCCCCCUGAAAUAAAGAUUCCUUAGAUGCCUAAAGAACUCCCAGUUCCUUCCUGGUCCUGGAGACCUCCCAGGGGACUUAUUUCCAUUUGUCUUGGGGUGGGGGUGGGGUGACAAUAGGAUGAGGUCUCCACUGACACCUCUGGCAGGGGAGCCCACCCCACAGGCUGGCUGUCUCGGCAGCCACUUCCACUCUUGCUCUGAGGGGGGAGGGGAGGCGGCUUCACUCUGGUGAUGGUGAAAGAGCAGGGUCUGGUGCCAGCACAGAGCACUUUGGCAGACUUGCCACCCCCACUCACUUUUCCUUGUGUCCUGAGGCCAGUUCCAGAGUUCAAACUCCUGUUGGCCAGUCGCCCUCAGGCCUGCAGAUACCUCAUCAUCCACCUGCCCUCCCCUCCCAGCCCCUAGUAGGGGGUCCUGAUCUAGUGCCGAAUGACUCUGUCCAGACUGGUGACGAUGGGUGUUGUUGCUGUUGUUUUUCUUGUUUGUGAACUCUGUAAUGCUGUGUGCCCUUGUGGGCAGCCACUUCCUGGCCCUUCCUUGGGCAUUUCCCCCUGAAAGCUGUUAGGACCAUAUCUGUCCUCAUCCUGUGGGACCACCUAGCCCUUCCCUCCCUAGCCCUUCCAGCCUGGGACACACACACACACACAUACACACACAUCUUACCUCUCAUGCGUGUUUUACCCUUGUUCGGAGUGACUCACUGGCUGGGAGUCUUUACCUCGGGGAGAAGGGGGGAGUGGUUCCUUGGGGGCCAAAGAAGGGCAGGGAAUGCCUGGAGGAUAGCUGGGGUCACCAUAGCCCCUGCUCUCUGGGAAUAGCUGCUUCUCCCCCAUCCCAGGGUCCCACCCCCAAGCCCCAAAGAGGUGGCCCUUGUUUACAGUGAGGACUCGGUCACUGUGUCUCCGUUUCCUGAAAUACAAACUGUAGCGACCCCAGACUGUAGAAAUUUUUAUGUGUUUGGAUACAUCUGCUGUGUGGGAAAAAAACAAACUACAAAACCCCUAAUUUUGUACAUAUUGUAUUUUUACUAUUGAACUGUAUUCUAGUGGCUGUUCAUGCUCCAAAACUUUAGGUAUUGAGACAUGAAUACUAUCCAUGUAAUAAGCACUUGCCUGGAAUAAAAUAUAAAACUGAAAUAAACCUGCACUGAAACCUGAGAUGGAGCUGUCAGCCUGCAGCAUCUGGGUCAUUUUAUUGCAAAAGGAGGUAGAGGCUCACUC